UCACUCUGCUCUCCCACAGAAGCCCUGCACUCUCAACCAGAAUGGCUCCUACCUACACCAGAGACUCUCCCUGCUCCCUGCUCUCCACCAAAGACAGGCACAAAUUGAGGAAACCAGUUGUGGAGAAAAUGCGCAGAGAUCGCAUCAACAGCUGCAUCGAGCAGCUCAAGACCCUGCUGGAGAAAGAGUUCCACAAGCAGGAUCCCAACGCCAAGCUGGAGAAGGCUGACGUGCUGGAGAUGACCGUGGUGUUCCUGAAGCAGCAGCUGCAGCCUCAGAGCCCGGCCGCUCACAGGGCCCACAGCGAGGGCUACUCCCACUGCUGGAAGGAGACGCUGCACUUCCUGUCUGCCAACUCCCUGAAGGAAGCCGCGCUCCCGCACCUUCAGUACAUCCACACCGCCCACAGAGCCGGCCAGGACCCGAGCCCCACCUCUGCCCUGUCCUCCCACAGCCACAGCCAGGGCCCCGCCAAGCAGCUGCCCAGCACCACCAAAGCUGUGUGGAGGCCGUGGUAGACUCUUCACAGACUCUUCCUCACAACCGGAUGGGUGUUUACCAUCUUACUUGCUGUAUAGGAUGGAUUUCCACAUGUGUCAAAUGAAAGGACUAUUCUUUUUUAAAAUGAACUUUCUCAUGCUUUUAAAGAAAAAGCUGAAAGAGCAUUUAGAUUUCUUCAUAUUGGAGAAAACGUUUUGAAGGGACACUGUUGUGCUGGCAGUGCUGUUCUGUUUGUGCUCUUCUGUGGCACAGUUGUACUUCAUUAAUCCUCUAUUUUCUAUGAGGAUGUUUUGUAAAGAUAUUGUCUUCACAUGGGUGGUUGCUAAGCCAACUGAAACCUUGCCUUAGAUCUUAUUAUCUGUUAGUCUCUUUAUAUGAUGUUGUUUUCAUAUUCUGAAUGCCUUUUGUGAAGGCUCUGUUGGAACCUCAGCUGUUCCCAAUGAGACAUUCCUGUGUCAUGAAGUGAAAUGUUAGCAUUGUGUGUUUGCAUACACUUGGUAAAGUGAUUGAAUGUGAUCAGAGAGCACUUUUCUUGUAGAAAAGUUAAGCCUUUAAGAAAAAAUGCCUGUAGUCUCAAAGAGAAUCCUGCAUAGU